GAAAGCAACAUGACUGACAAUGGGUGACAGCUCUUCUCCCAAGGAACUCGAUAUCUUACAAGCUCUGACAUCGCGUGAAUAUGGAAAUAAUAAAAGCUGCUACAGAAGUAACCUGAACAUUCUGAGGAAUUUAGUUUGUAAGAGCAAUUUUGUGUACAGAAAAGUAUGGGAAAAGCAAUCCAACAAGUCUAUUUCCUGUGAAGGAGGAAGAAUCUAUUUCAACAAUUUCCGAGAAUGUUAUUCAGGGUACACCAGAACCUUGGGACCAAAGUUGUCAUACCAACUUCCUGUGUCCUUCCCGUAUGAGAAGAUUGAAGAUGCUUUAGUGUGCCAGACAGCCCAGCAGGAACAAGGGCUGUCAUGGAAACCGCAUGUCCAUAGAAACAGUUUGUUUGGAAUCACUCGUGACAGUGUUCUGGUUCGUUUCGACAUACAAACUGGAGAAGUUCUUGAGUCCAUUCAUUUGCCAAACAGGUUUUGUUUUCGGAAUUUGUCUUGGGAGACUGAGGGCCACAGUUUGUCUGUUAAGUCUAUACAUCUAGAAUCCUACGAUGACAUUGUCCUGGUUCUUGCUCUGUAUGAUGUGUGUCGUUUCAGCUUUGUAGCCAUGAUGGAGGUAACAAAGUCUGUGUUUGGACGACAGGUGAGGGAUGCCAGCCUAUCUCAGGGCCUACUUAUCACUAUGCACAUCACAGGUGUUGUGAAAAAUCUACAGUUUUACUGACAUCCUUAGCAA